UAUUGCCAUCAUUGUCAAAGAUGAGGGUGCUGGAGACACUAGGUGUUUUAGUUCUGGCGACACUAACGCAGAUAUGGAGCACUCAGGCACAAGAAUGCAACAUAAUUUCCAUAACAUCUCCUACGGCAUCAUCCCUGCUGAUACAGUGGAACAGACUCCUGGGUUUAACAAAUUAUUUUUUGGACAUUCGAGUUGUGAACGACACCAGAACCAACCCAACGGUGGUGUUGGUCCCUGAGUUUGUGUCAAUUAAAGAGGUUUUUGGUUUGCGGCCGGGGACGCUGUAUAAUGUCACACUUAAAGGUUUUCUCUAUUACACAUCAUUGUGUGUUGAUGUGAAGUUAGCAAGAACAGCACCAGCUACAUCUCAGAUAACCUAUUCAAAGGCAAUAUCAAGUACAUCCAUCAAGCUUGAAUGGGAUUGGGUGCAAACAGCAACAAAAUACAACUUGCUUGUAAACUCAACAUUGGCAGGGGAGCGGUACAACUUGUCGUUUAUAAAUAAUCAUGCAGUGGUCGAAAAUCUUCGGCCGGCAACUGCUUAUGAUUGUUAUGUGGUCACGUCUAACGCUGGAGGCCUUGGGGCAAGAAGCAAAGUACGGACAGUCACCACAUUGAUACAGCCUCCAGCGGUGGUCACAUUACAACAGACUGGGCCGCAGUCUGCACAAAUCAGUUGGCAAGCUGUGGACAAGGUUCUAAUCUAUUUGGUCACGGUCAGAAAUGUUAACAACACAAUAUUUUCAAACCGUGUGUUCACUACCACACUGGACCUGCAGAACAUAGCACCCUGUUCCGUAUACCAAAUCUCAGUGUCUUCCGUCAAUGCUUUACUGGAACCUGGAGAACCCAGAGAAGUGAACCAUUCAACAAAUACUCUGAGUGGUGUGACGUCCAUCUCCGUGGACUACAGCUGUGAUACAUCAUCUGCCGUGGUCUCGUGGGCACCUGUAUUUGGGGCAACUGCUUACAAAGCGAUUGCCGUAAGCCACAAUGGAACAGUACUGUCCUGUGUCUCCAGCAUUGCAGAGUGUCAACUUAGUCAUCUGGCCUGUGGGGAAAGGUACGAAGUGCAUGUCACGGCCAUGUCCAUCAACUGCGAGAGCACAGAAAGCACUUCCACAUACUUCCAGACAGUUACCUGCCCACCAACCGAUUUGAUGCUGUACAGGGAAUGCAGCAGUAACGUCAUAAUCUUCUCCUGGGCUCCCAACAACUACUCUGCCUAUUACCUGGCUCAGGCUGUGGACUCCACUGGCAAGAUAAUGAAAUGUAUGACCACAGACAGUUCCUGCUUCUUCACCGACACGGUGUGUGGACGCCUUUACAACUUUACAGUUUACGGGUCUUCAUUGAUGGACAGCGAGCAGUGUGACAGCGCAGUUGGCCCAGUGAUACAAAUACAAACUGCACCCUGCCAACCAAUGUACAUGGAAACAACAACAAACUGCCAGACUAAUGUUCUCACCAGCAAUUGGGAUGGUGCCGAAGGAGCGCUGCGGUACAGGGUGGACGUCUUCGGUAACCGUGGAAGUAACAGCCAAUACACGUGUCACUCCACAACGCAGAGCUGUGAUAUAACUGGCAUACACUGCGGGGAGAGUCUGACCAUGCUUCUCACUGCCUUUGACGAUGAGUGCUCCAGUUCUCUGGCUCUUGGAGAGGUGGCUCAGACUGUGCCCUGUGCGCCUCAGAAUGUCUUGGCAGUGAUGAACUGCGGCUCAGAUUCCAUCAGUCUGACAUGGGAUGUCACGCUUGGUGCUUUAUUCUACAUUGCAACUGCAACAGAUGAACUCGGUAACACUAACACUUGUAACUCGAUAGACCCACACUGCAAGAUCACCGGACUGCGCUGUGGAGCUUCAUACAGUGCGUUUGUGAUGGCAUCCAACAACAAAUGCAACAGCUCUGUCAGCGAGACCAUCACUGCUGAAACAGCUCCAUGUCCCCCUGGAGAUGUACAAGUUCUGCUGGACUGUCAGGAGAACCAGGGGUUGGUAAGCUGGCUGGGUUCUCAGACCAUGAUAUCCUUCACUGCCACCAUGGAGGACCAGGUUGGCGGACUUCUCAGCUGUAGCACCACUGCCAGCAGUUGCCGGAUUCCCAACCUGAAGUGCGGGCAAGUUUACGCAGUCAGCGUUACGCACCAUGAUGGAGUCUGUCCCAGUAUGCCUUCACGUCCAAUACUGCUAAAAUCUGUUCCGUGUGGUCCAGCAAACGUCCGUGCUGAGGUACAGUGUCUAUCGGGUGUGCUUUCCAUGGGAUGGGACAGGACAGAGGAUGCUGCAGGUUACACCACUAGCGUGGUAUCCGUGAGCACCGGAGAGCAGGUUUACUGUAACUCUACCUCAGCCGCUUGCAGCUUGAGCGACCUGCAGUGUGGCGAGUCAUACUCCAUUCAGGUCAGGUCGUACAACGGCACAUGUCUGAGCUUGCCAACCGAGUCUCUGAUGAUCAGAGAGGUGCCAUGUGUGCCCACUGAAGUGGUAGCUAGACGGAUGUGUGGUAAUAGCUCAGUGGAGGUCUCGUGGCGCACCAGCCGUGGAGCUCAGUCCUAUGUUGCCGUUGCUGUGGAUGACAGCGGGCACCGUACCGAAUGCUCUUCUGACACUACCACAUGUAGCCUCUCGACCCUGCUUUGUAGCAGCGUGUAUUCGAUCAGUGUAUGGGCGGUGGACGAUAACUGCUCCAGCCUGGAGAGUCAGAGCAUCACCCUGCGUACUGUUCUUUGCCCACCAACAAACGUCCAGAGCUCUCUGAACUGUAGCACAAACUCAGCCAGCGUGUCCUGGGAUGCCAAUGUCAAUGCCUUGUCCUACAGAGGCACAGCAGCAGGCAGAGAUGGGCACACCGUGACGUGUGAAGUCAGUGCUCCGGGGUGCCAGUUUAAUGACCUGCACUGCGGACAGGAAUAUGUGUUUAUCAUAACCGCGUCUGACGGUACCUGUGACAGCCCAAACAGCCAGGAACACAGACAUGAGACAGUGCCCUGUGCACGUCAGAGUGUGUCCAGCUUCUUGGAUUGUGCGUCUAACAGCCUGAAUGUAAACUGGGCGCAGGACGGCACAUCACUGGAUUACAGUGUCCUCGCCAGGCCUGCAAGCGGUGCUGUUCUGAGCUGUACCACAGGCACCUCUAGUUGUAUCAUUACUGGCCUGCAGUGCGGUCAGACUUACACCACUGUUGUCACAGCAACCAAUGGAGAGUGUCAAGGACCAGAGAGCGUGACCAAUUCUGUCCAAACAGUGCCGUGUGUGCCGUCAUCGGUCCUUGCUGAUGUGGAGUGUGUCAGUAACACAGUGAGGGCAUCAUGGAGUCUGGCAGCCGGAGCUCUGUCUUACAGUAGCGUUCUGAGUGGCCCCGGCAACUACAGUGAGACCUGCAUCACCUCUAACCUUUCCUGUUCCUUCAGGGGUCUGACCUGCGCUCAGACCUACAUGCUGAACGUCAUCUCGCACGACAGCCAGUGCAACAGCUUGGCCAGCGCGGACGUCUCUGUUACAACAGCUCCCUGCGAUCCGGAGGCUGUGUCUGCAAUGCUGCUGUGUGAUUCACGUGUGGCGAGUGUAUCGUGGCAUGCAAGUGCGGGCGCCAACGCGUACACCGUCCUGGCGCACACACAGAAUCAGAGCAUUCCUCACUCUUCCUGUCGUACCUCGGCCACUUCCUGUGACCUCACGCAGCUCCAGUGCAGCGAGGUUUUUAACAUCACAGUACUUGCCGAUGAUGGAACCUGCAACAGUUCAGUGCGUGCCAGCACUACACUGAAGACGGCUCCAUGUGCUCCCACAAUGAGGUCUCCUACACUUAACUGUAGCAGUAAUUUGGCGCUGGUGUCAUGGGCGGAGGAUCCAGAUGCCGUGAGCGUCAGUGUCAAUGCUACAUCUGACCUGGGACACACCGCCUCCUGCAGCUCUUCUGCACAGAGCUGUUCACUUGAUUCUCUAUCGUGUGGUCAGACGUACACUGUGUAUGGCACUGCCCAGGGCUCACAGUGUGCCAGCACACAUAGUGCUCCGUUCAGUAUUAUCACAGCCCCCUGCACCCCGAGCACAUUGAGCGCUGACUACACGUGUGGCACUAGCACGGCUCUGGUGAGCUGGGAUGAGAGUCAGGGCCGAGAGAGCUUCUACCUGCACGUCGAGGCGAACGGUCACUCGGACAACUGCAGCACAACCCAAACCCACUGUUCCAUCAACUCACUGAGGUGUGGACAUCUUUAUAAUGUUAGUGUUGAAUCGGUUUCUAGUCGAUGCAACAGCAGCGAUGCAGCUCGCAUGCAGCUACAGACAGCCCCUUGUGCACCACAGAAUGUGACUGUAAACCUACAGUGUUCCAGGAAUACCAUAUCUGUGUCAUGGGUGGGCAGUCCUGGUGCCGUGGGCUAUAAUGUAACCGCUCUGGGCCCCGAUGGUGAUGUCAGACACAGUUACGUCACUGACACCAGCUGCCAACUACCCAACAUGCACUGUGCUCAGACUUAUAACAUUAUGGUCACACCCUUCUCUGAUACAUGUGCUGGGUUUCCCAGUACUGCCUACUCUUUCAUCGCAGGUCCCUGUCCACCCACAAAUGUUGAGGUGUCCUUAAAAUGCAAUGGUAACGUGGGCAUUGUCCACUGGACUGCUGCCCAAAAUGCUGAGAUGUACAUUGCCACAGCAAUGGGUUACGAUGGCCAUUCCCACACAUGCACCUCCAACGGCACCAGCUGCAACUUCAUGGACCUGCACUGUGAAGAAAACUACACUGUUACCGUGGUUACGGUUGAGCGCGGCUGUCAAAGUGAACCCAGCACACCUGUCACUCUAAGAUCAGCCAUCUGCCCUCCCUCUAAUCUGGACGGUCACACCAACUGUGCCAACAAUGACAUCAUCAUUACAUGGGACCCCAGUCCGGUGUCUGGAGCCACUUACUUCCUGUACAGUCAACAGAUGGAUGGACAGAACUCUACCUUCAGCCCAACACAAACCUCACAUGCCCUAACAGGGCUGCAGUGUGGAAUGAGCUUCAUAGUACAAGUGGCUGCUGAGGAUAACAUUUGCAUGAGUCAAUACGGGAAUCCAGUGCAGGUCUACACAGCCCCCUGUCCACCUAGCAGUCUGGAAGCUUCUGCCAGCUGUGGCACAAACAUGGGCACCAUUAGCUGGCAAGCUGGAGCAGGGGCGAACUCCUAUACUGCCAAUGUGGUGGGUAACCAUGGACACACUGUUUCCUGUACGUCCACCAACACUUCCUGUUCGGUGAAGCUGGACUGUGGCCAUCAGUACACGGCCACUGUAGUGUCCUCUGUUGACCUCUGCAACAGCACAGCGAACAACAGUAUCCAGUUUGACUCAGCACCAUGCCUACCGGGUAACGUGAUGGCACAGUUAGACUGUAAUGUUAACAAUCUCGAAGUACAAUGGGACCACAGUGAAAGCAUCCCCGAUUCCUAUACUGCCCUGGCCAUAGCAAGAGACGGAACUCAGUUUUCCUGUAACACGGGUUCUACUUCCUGUACCAUCCAGAAUUUGAGAUGUGGUCGCACCUAUAGCGUUGUGGUGACAACGUCCACCAUUUCCUGUGGAAUUAUCGAGGGAUCCGACUAUCAAAUUCAGACAGCCCCCUGCAAACCGGAGAGCCUGAAUGUUCAACUCCAGUGCAGUACUAACAUUGCUGAGGUAACGUGGAACAACGAUGAAGCAGAGCAGUUUGACAUGGUGACCGCGCUGAACUUCACUGGCGAUGCGACAACGUGCAACAGCACGAAUGCGUCCUGCGCUUUCACGCAGCUGCGCUGUGGAGAGUCAUACACGAUCAGCGUGAUUGGAUUCACUGAAAACUGCACCAGUGAACCCAGUACGAGCGUCAGCCUCGAUACAGGUGAGACUGUAUUAAAGAAAAAAAUGAGAAUAGAAAAUAACAGCUUUCACCAGGGCUGUUUGAUUUUUGCUGCUAGCUAUUUCCGUAGACUCGCAUAGUUUGGGCCCUGCGUUGCAUUUAACCAAGGAUAUUUACACAAAGUCAAUUCAACCAAACUGAAUUAUUGGGAUUAUUUUAAUAAAUCCAAUCCACAUACAGUAGUGUCCACAUCCACCACCCGUCAGAAGUUUAGGGUCAAUUGAUUAAAAUGCAUCUGAUUCAUCUGAAGGUAGGCUACAUGCGAAAAUGUGGAAUUUUUUUCGUAGACAAAAAUGUAAUUGUGCCAGCAUACAGUAUUAAUGCUUCAUCAUUAAAAAUAGAAAAAUUCUGUGUAACAAUUUUUUUUAAUAAAUGCCUUGACUGGAAUAAUGACUGAAUAAAUCAUUAAAUGAAUGAAUGAAUAUUGAAGCAAAAGCACCAAUGACAGCCCAGAAUUGAUGGAAAUU